UUGAUUAUUGAUUUUAUAUAUUUAAAAAUUAAAAAUCAAUAACCAAAUCAAUAAUACAUAAAAUCAAAUCGAAUCAACCGAUUGAAAACACUAACACUCCCUUCUCAAAAUACUUCUAUUUUCCAUUUUCCAUUUUCCAUUUUCCAUUUUCAUAGGGAUGUCUCAAUAAUUUUGUAUGAUUACUCAAUUAUUGACCACUUAACCUUUGCCUCAUCUCUCUCCACUAAAAAUUGCCUCUUCUAGAAUCUCCUUGCCAAUGACACCACCCCUCUCCAUCUGAUCUGUUCAAGCCAAGAUUUUUUCUUGUUUUCAUGGCCCUGGCUUGUUGCCUUGUUGAGUUUGCAGUUUUUCCAUGGCCAAUCUUACAGCUUUAUCUCAAUUUAGUAUUGCUUUUGUUGUGAGAUUCCGCAUUACCCGUUUCCACCUUCUCCUUAUCUUUCUCCAUUCUCUCUUAUAAGAGGAUAAUUUAAACAGAUUUUGGAAUUUCCUUUGAACAAUUUGCACUUUUUAUUAGCAAUACUUGAACUUUUCUUUCCCCAUCACCGAAAUCCGGAUCUCUCUUACAAAGUUUGGCAAAGAUUCGAAUAAAAUCUUGGGAAUAAUACAGAAUUUUAAACCUUUGAGCAGUUUGGUUACUCAGAAAAUUUUCUGUUUGUCUCAAUAUAAAAGAAAAGAAAAAACCCAAUUUGAGUUGAAAAUGGCAUCUGUAUUUUUGUACCAUGUGGUGGGGGAUCUAACAGUGGGAAAGGCGGAAUUAGUUGAAUUUACAGAGACACAAACAGUGGAGGCAGCUAUAAAGGCAAUUGGGGAGUCUACGGAAUGUGGUAUACCAGUAUGGAAAACGAGAUCUCCAAAGAAUUUAAUUGAGAAUGCGGAAAUGAGGCGGAAAAGGUUUUUGGGUAUUCUUAAUUCCCUUGAUAUUGUUGCUUUCUUGGCUAGAGAGGAAUGUUUGGCUGAUCAGGUGAAAGCUAUGAAGACUCCAGUUUCUGAGGUUGUGGUACCUAAUAGUUCUUUGCUUAAGGAGCUUGAUCCUGCCACAAGAUUGAUAGAUGCACUGGAGAUGAUGAAGCAAGGCGUGAAGCGACUCCUAGUUCCUAAAAUUGUUGUAUGGAGAGGUAUGAGCAAGAGAUUUUCAAUUCUUUAUAAUGGAAAAUGGCUAAAGAACAUUGAUACUUCUAAUCCUGCUGCCAAUGCUAACCGGCCGUCAACUUCUUCCCCUACGACCAUUCGUGACAAAUUCUGUUGUCUGUCCAGAGAAGAUAUCAUCCGUUUUAUUAUUGGUUGCCUUGGUGCAUUAGCCCCUAUCCCUCUCUCCUCUAUUUACUCCCUUGGAGUUAUUAACCCAAACUUCUGCUCAAUAGAAGCAUCACGCCCAGCAAUAGAUGCCACUCAAAAACUGCCAAAGGAUCCCCCUGCAGUUGCAGUCAUUGAUCCUAUGGCAGAUGAUUACAAUAAGAUCAUUGGCGAGAUUUCAGCCACUAAACUGUGGAAGUGUGAUUAUUUGGCUGCAGCAUGGGCGUUGGCUAAUUUUUCAGCAGGACAAUUCGUGAUGGGUGUUGAGGAUAAUAUUACCUCGAGAUCCUUACCUGAUUUUGCAGUCAAUUCAAUGGUAACAGAUGCAAAUACAGCCAAUGGUCGCGGUAUAGUUAGGCCAAAAAAGUUUAGCAGCAGGAGUAUUGGGUUCGUCAGCAAUCCAACAAACUCAUCUUUAAGUGUUUCUAGGAGCAUGUAUCGUGGCAGAAGUGCACCAUUGACAUGUAAGGAGACAAGCUCACUAGCUGCCGUUAUGGCUCAGAUGUUGUCACAUCGGGCAACUCAUGUAUGGGUUACUGAUGCCGAGAAUGAGGACCAUCUAGUUGGAGUAGUUGGCUAUGCUGAUAUUUUAGCUGCUGUUACCAAACCACUUCCUCCCACCAAUCCUGAAACCCAGACGUCUUGAGACUCCCAUCAUUAUAUUUAUGCUUUUCUGUGCAUCUUUUCCUGUUUUACAUCUGUUUUGAGGUUUAGAUUUGUUAAUGUGAGAACCAAGUGUAGUACACUCUAAAUGUGAAUAUGUGUUAUGGUGACUGGUUCAAUAAGUUGGAAGGAUGGAAAUUGAACAAUUUGUUCA